AUGUCUUUUAGCUUCAGUGUCUUGACAGCAAUGAUUCUCAUUUGCCUCGCAGGCUUCCUGAUGGGGUUGCGAGCUUUUGACUAUGCGUCGGAGCACGGCGACCUGGGAGAAAAUCGACAAAACAGAGCUCCCAGAGGCUACGGCAGCACACUCACACACAUGCAAACCGUCUAUCUCGAAGGCAAUCCGUACGCAACUAGGACGGCAGAACCCAGCUACGUUAUCACUGUUGAUGUCCGGCACAGCCUUUGGGGGUUCUGCCCAUUUACAGUCGUCAAGGCCGAACAAUGCGGUCUUGCUGGAGGCUGUAUUGUUAUUACCGUCUCUCACCAAGCGCAUUCUACGUACAGCACCCAGCCUGGUCGUGCCUACUGCUCCACGGCGCUGUUGACACUGGCCAACAGCGAGGGGCCCUACACCUACCUCGCGUGUGGAGAGAGCCCAGCCACCGAGCAAUACCUGGCUGUCCCAACAGCCGAAGCCACAGUCACGCCCACCAGAACCAAUUUCCCCACUAUCACAGUUAUAUCAACGAUGCCGCCGGGAUACACAUAUGACCCUCAAAUGUUCGCAGGGUUCAACGCUACUCAUUUGCCGUUUGAACUAAGCGUCAGCCCGGGUGUACUUGCAAUUAUGCCGAACUCAGAAGAAUGA